CCUCUAAGUUCCAGAUUCUCAACAUGAAGAAGGAGGCCAGCACUGUGGGGAGUAUUCUGCCCAGAAUUAGCCCAUUUCUAGACAUGAGCGAGACUCGUCCAAAGCUGCCACCAGUUGCCCCGAAACAGAGCUUGUUUCGGGUUUCCCCACCAGAGAUGGUAUUUCAGAACUUCGUCGCCCAUGAGGUCUCUGAAAUGGCACUGUCCUUCAUGAAUAAGGACAAGAUUUCUCGGAUGGUGAAGGUCUGCAUGGAGAGCUCACCUUAUUUCGAGCUGGCGUGCCCCAGUGAUGUGUACCACAUCGUGCCACCGGGCGCGUCUGCCCGUGUGCGCAUCCGCUUCACCCCUGAUGAGAUCAAGGAUUAUUCCCACGAGCUCGUCUGCAUGACUGCAAAGGAAAGGAUAGUUGUGCCAAUUCGGGCCAUUGGUGCCAAAGCUAUCCUGGAAUUCCCUGACCACCUGGACUUCCUGAAGUGUCCAGUCAAGUACAGCACCCAGAAGACUCUGCUGGUUCGCAACACUGGUAACCUGGAAGCUCAUUACCAGCUGAGCACCCAGAGUCCUUUCUUCGUGGUUCCAGCCACGGGAACUCUGGGCGCUGGUGACAGCAUGCAGGUGACAGUGGGAUUUCACGCGCUGACGAAUGGUGACCAUUUCGGGUCCCUGGUAGCGUGCUGCAACACAGGUGAAGAAAGGAUCCACACAAAGCUCCAUGGAGAAGCUGUAGAUCUCAACCUUGGGUUGAGCACAAGUUCCGUGGAGGUUGAGAAGACUUUCAUCACCAUGUCAAACCACACAACCGUGUUCAUCGAAAACAGGAGUAACAUCACAGCCCACUUCCAGUGGAAGACUUUUCUUGAUGAGGAAGACGAGAAUGAAGUGAAGAGGAGGUUGGUUUGA